CUUCCGACCUCAGAAUAACGCAAAACCCAGACUGGAUUACACGAACCUUCACACUUUUUUUUUCUUCUUCUUCCUCUCCACCGUCCCGCGGAAGCAUCACGACAACGUUUGGAUUAUUAACUAUGACUUUGGAAGAGAUUCGCGGACAGGAGAGCACGAUGGAACACAACGAGAGAGUUCAAAGUGCAGGCACGGCGCUGGAGGAGCUCCUGCUCGCCGCUAAGAAGCAGGACUACCUGACAGUGGGAGUCUACGAGUCCGCUAAAGUCAUGAAUGUGGAUCCGGACAGCGUGGCUUUCUGCGUGCUCGCCACCGACCACGAGCAUGCGUGCGACAUCGCCCUGCAGAUCCACUUCACGCUCAUCCAGGCCUUCUGCUUCGACAACGACAUCAACGUGGUGCGCGUCAACGACAUCGAGCGUCUGGCGGCGCUGGUGGGAGCCGACGAGGGCGGCGAGCCCAAGGACGCGCACUGCAUUCUGGUCACGAGCCCCAGUGCAACACCAUGGAAGGACCCCGCUCUGGACAAGCUGAGCCUGUUCUGCGAGCAGAGCCGCAGCGUCUGCGACUGGGUGCCCACCAUCACCCUCCCCGAGCGCUGAGACGCCAACCCCUUUUUUUGAAGAUGCAUCACGAUGAUGGUGAUGAUGAUGAUGACGAUGAGAAGAAAGUCAAGGCCUCAAUUUAUAAGGGCCUAUCUGCCUCCCUGGAUUUAAGAGGAACAUCCUUCCAGUCGGUGCAUUGCGGGUCAUUGUGGAACGACCCUGCAGAGGGGGGGAGAAGGCGACUAAAGGGGCGGAGUCCUUUGGGUGCUAUCAGGACACCGCGAAGGAGUCUGGACUUAAGAGAUGACGGUCCACUUCAGCAAGGAAGGCGGCGUGUGUGCAGGCGGGCGGGAUCGCAACAGACUGUGCAGAGGAGGAUGUGUGAGAAAGAGGGACGGAGCUCGUCAGAUAUGGGAAUGAUGCUGAUCCGGAAGUGAGAGUGGCUAAAAAAAGACUUUCUUUUUCUUUUUUUCUUUUUUUUUUAAGUACAGCCAUCCGGGAAGAGAGGAGGCGGGGGUUAACUCUCUGAAAAGACUGAUUUGAGCUGCACAUUUUUUAUGGACUUUUGUCUUCUUUUUACUUGACAUGUCUACUGUACACGCAAAGCAAUGCAACGUUUCUUUCAAUUUGCACACCUUUUUUUCAUGCCCUGUGAAUAAAUCUUUGAACUCAAAUGA